UUCAUUUCUAAUGAGGUUAUGAAGUUGUUUAGAUUCUACAAAGAGCAAUAUCAGAAGACAGACUGGCAGAAGAUGAAGACAUUUGACAGGAGAAAACGUGAAUGGAUGGACCAUAUUUUGUCGUGUGGUGAAUUUGUGAAGAAGACCGAAGCUGAACUCAGUAAAGAUCUUGAUGUUGCCAGCUCAACCUCCACCAAACCGCCGAUUAAAACUCUGUACUCCACUGCGACUGAGAAGCUGAAGAUUAAACUGCUGUCUCAGCGGAAGUAAUUUCAGUAAUGGAUGUUA